UUAUUAUACCCUCAAAAGAAGAAGAAUAUAGGAUUUGUUUUCGUACACCGUUGUCCACGACGUUUUUGGCCAGGACACCAUGCCUUCUAGUAAGAAUUUUAGGAGACGGAGAGAAGAUUCAGACGAUGAGGAGGACGAAGAAACUGCUGCCGUAGUUAGAUCUAAACUGGACGAAGCAAAAGAAGUACAGAGUCUGAGGAAGAGACAAAGCGGGGUCAGUGUUGCAGCAUUAUUAGUGGGAGAGAAGCUGCCUUUGGAUGCUGAGAUAGAGGAUGACCCUUUCAAGUUGAAGACCGGAGGGAUUGUUGACAUGAAAAAAGUAAAGGACAGAAAUCGUGACAUGACUGAGGAGGACACCGAUCUUAAUCUUGGAACGUCUUUCUCAGCGGAGACAAAUCGGCGAGAUGAAGAUGCAGACAUGAUGAAGUACAUUGAGACGGAGCUAAAGAAGAAGAAAGGGCUUGUGGAGACGGAGGAGCAGAAAGUGAAAGUGAAGAAUGCAGAAGACCAGCUCUAUGAGCUCCCAGAAAACAUCAAUGUUUCCUCCGCCAAGAAGACAGAGGAAAUGUUAUCCAAUCAGAUGCUGAGUGGCAUUCCAGAGGUGGAUUUGGGCAUUGAUGCCAAGAUAAAGAACAUCAUAUUUACAGAGGAGGCCAAAGCCAAGCUCCUGGCUGAGCAGAGGAACAAAAAGAAGGACAAUGGCACCUCGUUUGUACCGACCAACAUUGCAGUCAACUACGUUCAGCACAACCGUUUUUACCACGAGGAUGUGAAUGCUCCAGCAAGGCGGCACCGCGAGGAGCCCAAGGCCCGUCCGCUCCGUGUGGGAGACACUGAAAAACCAGAACCUGAACAAACUCCCCCAAACCGCAAAAGGCCAGCCAAUGAGAAGGCUACCGACGAUUACCACUAUGAGAAAUUUAAGAAGAUGAAUCGCCGAUACUGAGGUUGUUGGAUAUUUCCUAAUAAAUUCCCACAUCUUUUUCCCCGCUUUCCCAUUCUUUCACAAUUUAAGCGCCACAAUUAAAGUUUCCUGUGUGAAUUGUAUUUUCUUUGAUCAUUUUCAUUAAUUCAGCAAAUAGCCUAAAAUUGUAUUAGAAUUGUAUAUUGGAACACUAUUUCAUCAGUGUUUUUUUUUUUUUUUAAAUAAAUGUACAUAUUCUUCAAACAGAA